CUCUCGCCAGAGUUUGCAAAAAAGUUUACGCUAAAGUUCUAGUGGUGAAAAAUGAAGAUGGACUCUUCCACGAUGAAAAAGUUCUAGGAAUAACAGCUGAUGACAAGGGCAUUAGAGUAACAAAGCAGCUCUGUUACUAUGUGGAGACAGUCCGCACAAAGCAGCAGAUGUGGCUGCCUUACACCUGUAUGCACCUCGCUGAACGGUCCAGACCUUUCUAUGGAUCUACUAUCAAAGCUCCUGUGACAAAAUCUGAUGCAAAAGCUACUCCUAGAAAGAGAAAAUUAAUGGAAGACCAUGUCCUACCGUUAAAUGUAAAACCAUCCAAAUGCAAGGAGCCAGAUCUCAACAUAUCCUAUGAAAUACGUCAGAAGCCUCUCAAACAGGGAAAGUAUGAAAAUGCUUUCAAACAAUUUGUAAGGCUUGGCAAGGAGCAUCUUUUUGACCACUUCUACAGUACAUUGUGCUUUGAAAAAGUGAAAAAUAGUGACAUAUUAGAUUAUCUUGAUAAUGUGGAUGCAAGUACUGAAGAUAAAUUAGAUAUGGUCAUAAAAAAUAUUGUUACGGAGAAGGAAAUUGACAACUACCUCCAUCAGUGUUGGAGGUACAAUUUUGUACACAAACAAAGUGAUAGUAGUAAAGACGCAUCUGAUAAUAUGAAAUCAUCUGCACUUUUCAAAUUUAAUAAAAAUAUACCAGUGACUAUUCACGCUCCAUGGUGCUUGGUGUGUGGCUGUGGUGACAGGUUAUGGGAGUGUACAAAUUGUCCUGCUUCCUUUCACCUCGCAUGUAGGAGGGAAUGGCUUGUCAAUAUUAUCCACCGUAAAAGUCCUCCAAAAAAAGCUCAAAAACAUGUGACUUUAGUAGCGAAAAUCCUAUCAAGCACCAGAACAAUCUCCUCCAUACAAAAAGAGAAGGAGAAUCUCGAAAUUUGCCCCAGCUGCAUGUGGGGCCCCAAAGUUGGGUAUGAUGAUGUGGUCUGGCAUAAGUUGAGCACUUGUCCGUGGUGGCCGGCCAGGGUGCUUACCCCGGGGGCGAUACCCCAUUGUCUCCUAACCCGCAAUCACUCUCCGCACCAGUGGCCCCUUCAGUACUACGGUACUUUGAACUACUCUUGGGGCGAUUCAAAUAGAAUGUGUUUGUUUUUACCGAAGCACACGGGCGCUUUGCAAGCUAAGGACGAAAUGCUUCGAAGUGCAGUGAUGGAUGCAUGUGACGACUACAUUUCUGUUUACCUCACCUAAAACAACUACGAAUAGUGGUAAGCCGUUAAGGACCAUACCUUUUAAA